AUGGCUCAAUUCAAUAAGUCAUUCUCUCUUGAGAACAGUAGAAGAAGCAUAGGAAAUGAAAGAAAUAAUAAAAGGGCUUCACUUGUGAAAUCAAACAAUAAUUAUAAAAAUGUAAUAGUUCAUUUUGCCAAGUUUAUUUCCGUAUGUGCUAUAAUAUGGAGUGUUCGUAAAUCCCCGGAAACCAAUAAUUCUGAUGUGAAUGAAACGAGUAUAGGAAAUAUUAUAUCUGAGCAUGGCUUAAAUAUACCACAUGGAAGAAUAAUAGCUGAACAAGAGCCAAAUAAUAAUGAUACAUGGAAACAUGAUUUUGUUUUAACAUUAAAAGAUGAAGAAAAUGAAGAAGAUAAAGAAUUACACUCAGAGGAUAAAAAUGAUCCGGAAUAUAUGGAGAAAUUAAAUAGAUUGUGUGGAAGUACAUCGGAAACAUGGAAACAAACAGUAAGAGAGAUGGAAGAAGAAUUUUAUAUUGUAACAAAAGAUAUGGAUGAAAGUUGGAAAAAUGAUAUGUGGAAUAAGGAAUGGGCUAAAUAUUUACGAAAAGUACAUGCAUACAUAACUCUUGACUUAAACGAAUCUUCCCUUUCUUUGAAUGAUAAAGAACAUAUUGUAAAUAUUUGGUUAACAUGGGCAAGAAAGGACUUUGAAUUCUUUUUGCAGUAUGUUACCGAAACGUGGGAAGAUUAUGAUGAAGAACUACUACAAAUAAGCGGUAGUAAUAGAAGUAGUAAUAGAAGCGGUAGUAAUAGAAGUAGUAAUAGAAGCGGUAGUUAUAGUAGUAGUAAUAGAAGCGGUAGUUAUAGUAGUAAUAGAAGCGGUAGUUAUAGUAGUAAUAGAAGCGGUAGUUAUAGUAGUAGUGGGGAUUGGGAAAACAAUUUAAUAAAGUACUUUGUUCUAGGAUUUUUUAAAAAUUGUAUACUAAAAAUAUAA